GAAGCGGCUGUGAUUAAAAAAAUUUCUGAAUUGAGAAAGAAUGGUCUAUGGUCUAUGAAAAGGAUGGCAAAGUCUUAUGAACCAACAAAUGCUAAAGUUCAUUGGGAUUAUGUAUUAGAAGAAAUGCAGUGGCUCGCUAAUGAUUUUGCUCAAGAACGCAAGUUGAAAAGAUCCGCCGCUAAAAAGGUAUCACGGCUUGUGACGAAGUUCUUCCAAGACAUCCAACAGAAAGAUAUGAGGGCAGAGAAAGAAGAUACACAGAAGUUAAAGAAGAUUGCUUCCAAUAUUAGUAAAAGUGUUAAGGAAUUUUGGAGCAAUAUUGAAAAAGUUGUGAUAUACAAACAGCAAAGUCGUGUUGAUGAAAAAAGAAAAAAAGCUUUAGAUCAGCAUUUAAAAUUUAUAGUCGACCAAACUGAAAAAUAUUCCACUUGGUUGUCGGAAGGCCUGCUUAACAGCUCUCAGGUUUCACAAGAAUCUGAUGUGAGGUUGCAAUCUUCUACUGAAGAGCUCAGUAGAAAAGGUAGUGUUGACCGGUUAAAUGAAACAGAUUCCAGGGAGAUUGAAGAGAAAUCCUCAAAUGAAUUUUCAACUGAAAAAUUGCUUCACACUGUUACAGGGAAAAGAGAUCGUGGUCAACAACGAAUAACAUUCGUGAAGUUCUUGUGUCACUUGUUGAAUAUCACCACAUUUCAACUGCUACAAAGUCUUAAAGAUCUGGUUUUCCACAGCCCCCUUUACCCCCAUCACAUCCCAUCUCAGAUAACUCAACUAAUUAACUCAAUUACUCUUGAAAUUCAAUCUAAGGCCAUUGAUGCUACCAUCGACUCAGAUGCUGAAAGUUAUUCACCUUCCAGUGAAGAUGAUGAGGACGACGAUGAAACCAUUUUAGAGCAAGAAAAGAUAGAAAAAAACAUCAACUACGAUGAUGAGCUAUUAUGUCUUGAAAAAGAAGGCAACUUACCUAUAGAAGAGUUAUACAAAAUGUAUUACAGAGAUGAAGAGACUGACAAAAUUGUUUCCAAACGGAAUACUAUUAUUUUCACAGACAGGUUUGAUGACGGUCUUGAUGACAAAACAGAAAAGUUGAAAAGAGGUGAUAUUAAAGGCAAACAACCAGAAGAUGGAGAUAUACAAAUUGAGCAAGUCAAUGAGAAUAAUGCGAAUGACGCUGACACAAAUUGUUCUAAAAGUUUGGAGGAAAACAUAUCGAGCAUUACUGCACAGGCUCUGAGUUUGCAACCUACAGGCUACACUUUAGAAACUGCACAUGUUAAAACGCCAGUAUCAUUCCUGCUAAAGCAUAAUUUAAGAGAAUAUCAACAUGUUGGAUUGGACUGGUUAGCCACCAUGUAUGAGCAAAAACUGAAUGGCAUAUUAGCUGAUGAGAUGGGACUUGGCAAAACAAUCCAGACUAUUGCAUUAUUGAGUUUUUUAGCCACGGAGAAAUGUAUAUGGGGGCCCCAUUUGAUUGUUGUUCCUACUUCUGUUAUGCUUAACUGGGAGAUGGAAUUCAAGAAAUGGUGUCCUGGCUUCAAAAUAUUAACUUAUUACGGCUCGCUUAAAGAACGCAAGCUCAAAAGACAGGGAUGGACAAAAACCAAUGCAUUUCAUGUCUGCAUAACUUCCUAUAAAUUGGUAAUACAGGACCACCAAGCAUUUCGAAGAAAAAAAUGGAAAUACUUUAUAUUGGAUGAAGCUCACAAUAUAAAGAACUUUAAAUCACAACGCUGGCAGACACUUUUAAACUUCCACAGUCAACGAAGGUUGUUGUUGACCGGAACGCCAUUACAAAAUAAUUUGAUGGAACUUUGGUCUCUCAUGCACUUUCUCAUGCCUCACGUUUUUCAGUCUCAUUCUGAAUUCAAAGAAUGGUUCUCUAACCCUCUGACGGGAAUGAUUGAAGGAAGCAAAGAAUACAAUGAUAAUCUCAUCAGAAGGCUUCAUAAGGUGUUGCGACCUUUCCUUUUGCGAAGGUUAAAACAAGACGUAGAAAAGCAAAUGCCAAAGAAAUAUGAACAUGUUAUUAUUUGCAGACUCGCCAAACAUCAGAGAUAUCUCUAUGACGAUUUCAUGUCUCAAACCAAAACCAAAGAAACUUUAGCUAGUGGACACUUCAUGAGUGUUAUCAACAUACUGAUGCAAUUAAGAAAGGUUUGCAACCAUCCAAACUUGUUUGAUCCUCGACCUAUUGUAUCACCGUAUCACAUGGAAGGACUGGUUUAUUUUGUACCAAGGCUAAUCUUUUCCACGUCUUUUAUAGUUGGUUUCAUUUUUAUUAUUUUACAAACAUUUUUUUAA